GCUCUGCGUGGAGCCUCUGCAGGAUCGUACAUCAAGCUUUAAGGCGUGGUCAUUUGAAAUAUCAGAGAGCACAGCUUCACUUCCUUCUUUCAUUUCAUUCACUCAUAAGUAACAAUGGCUGCUGCUGAACUGCAGAGACAAGAAGAAUUCCUGGUAGAGGGAGAGCCUUUCAGACAGAAUGCUUUCCUGAUUAUCAAUGAAAUGGUGUUGAUGAGUACAAGACCUACUACGUUGUUAGUGGAUGAGAUUCUUCACAGCAUUUUCUUUUUGGGAAAGAUCAACACGCCGCCAGUUUCCCCUGAAAUGAUUCUGAGUGAUGCUGAAGUGCUAAAUGCAUUUAAGAUCCAAUACCCUCGGCCUUUUGCCCUCUAUUCCUCUGAGGUACCCAGGCGGAGUCCAUUUUCAUGUGUGCUCGACAUGGUUGUCCAUCUGACUGGACAAGUCAAUGAAGGAGCAAUCAGACAGAGGCUGCAACAGCUCGUCGGUAGACUGGGGGGGGAUAUUAACAAAAAGCCUCUGGUCUCCAAAACCAUCUGUGUCUCUCAGAGUAGAAGCCAAGGUUCAGUCAGGUUCUACGGAGUCUCCAUGUCCACUGAUGGUGCUGUACCAAAGAAAAUCAUGAUUGGUGCUUCCUGUCUCAGCAAGUGGGAGAGAUAUGUAGCUGACGCAGUGAUGACCUUCUAUCCAGAGCCAAAUACUAGGCCAUUUGUCAAAAAGCCAUAUUUCGAUGGAACCAUUAGAGUUCCAGAGCAGCAUGUCCGGUGCGAAACGUUUGAUCUCUAUGACGGAGGAUUAAAGCCUCCUUGUAAGUCAUGUGGUGAGUUGUUUGGUUUGACAACAACUGAAAAAAGGGGAUUCCUCCACGGUAACUGUGCCGAAGCUGAAAGUCUGAGCAACUUGUUUCAAGGUGAUGGAGCAGUUAGAGAAAAAGUACCACCACCAACUGGUGGUAACAGAGAGAGGGCUAUAACGAGCAUCCAUGAUGCUCUCAGACGUUUUGUGCGGGCCUUUGAGGGAUUUAGACAAUGGACAGAUCGUUUCUACACCCCACAGUAAGUCAGAUCUUAAAAAGAAGAAAGACACGAGUGUGAUUUUCAUUUAUUAUUAUGCGAUAGGAGUAUUGGGAUUUUCUUUUCCUUCUUUAACAAAAACCAAAGUUUAAUAAAACAUUUCUAGAGACGAUAUAUCAUGAGACAUUUCUAAAAACUAACAUGUUUUCUAAGAAGAAUGACAUUACAUGUCAGUCAGUCAGAUGUUGAUUUACUUUGUAAAGAAGAACAUAACAUGGAUCUUCUGCUUUUUCUGCUUUCGUUUUUUUCCCACCCCUAGAUUAAAUAUCAAAUAUUGAUGAGUACACUUCAUAUGGUCAUUUAUUACACAGUGAAGAUGAUUCUUUAUCAAAAAGCAGAAAUCAGUGUAGAACUUGUUACUGAACGUGGAGGUCAGUUCUUCUCUGUGAUUCUGGCUGUCUUCAUGGUUCAUGGUUGAAUUCAUAUUGGGAGUCUCUUCACAUCAAAUCAAAUCAAAUGUGUCAACUGUUUGAGUAAAGCAUGCAGAAGAUGGAAAUUAUAAAUGUAUCAUGUUGUUUGCAAUAAAAUGAUGUUGAUGAAAA